CGGAGCAGCGGCGGGCCCAGCGCGCGCGCAGCAGGCACCGGAGGACGCGAGCGCGGCCGCGCACGAGCACCGGGGCCCGGCGCGAGGCCCGCCCGACAGCGCCCGCCGCUGGUCCGCGCCGCCCAGCCCGCCCCCGGCCCGGCCCGCGGGGAUGCGGAGCGGCGGGCGCCGGAGGCCGCGGCCCGGCUAGGCCCGCGCUCGCCCGGACGCGGCGCCCGAGGCUGUGGGCGCUGCUGGGCCCAGGGAGGCCCUCCGGCGAGAGGAGCGAGCGCAGCGAGCGCGCCGUCCGGGCACCAUGGCCGACGUGGCGAUCGUCAAGGAGGGCUGGCUGCACAAGCGAGGUGAGUACAUCAAGACCUGGCGGCCGCGCUACUUCCUGCUCAAGAACGACGGCACCUUCAUCGGCUACAAGGAGCGGCCGCAGGACGUGGAGCAGCGGGAGUCGCCCCUCAACAACUUCUCUGUGGCACAAUGCCAGCUGAUGAAGACGGAGCGGCCGCGGCCCAACACCUUCAUCAUCCGGUGCCUGCAGUGGACCACGGUCAUCGAGCGCACCUUCCACGUGGAGACGCCCGAGGAGCGGGAGGAGUGGACCACGGCCAUCCAGACGGUGGCCGACGGGCUCAAGCGGCAGGAGGAGGAGAUGAUGGAUUUCCGGUCGGGCUCGCCCAGCGACAACUCGGGGGCUGAGGAGAUGGAGGUGUCCCUGGCCAAGCCCAAGCACCGCGUGACCAUGAACGAGUUUGAGUACCUGAAGCUGCUGGGCAAGGGCACCUUCGGGAAGGUCAUCCUAGUGAAGGAGAAGGCCACCGGCCGCUACUACGCCAUGAAGAUCCUCAAGAAGGAGGUCAUCGUGGCCAAGGACGAGGUGGCGCACACGCUCACGGAGAACCGCGUCCUGCAGAACUCCCGGCACCCUUUCCUGACGGCCCUGAAGUACUCCUUCCAGACCCACGACCGCCUCUGCUUCGUCAUGGAGUACGCCAACGGCGGCGAGCUCUUCUUCCACCUGUCACGGGAGCGGGUGUUCCCUGAGGACCGCGCCCGCUUCUACGGCGCCGAGAUCGUGUCGGCCCUGGACUACCUGCACUCGGAGAAGAACGUCGUCUACCGCGACCUCAAGCUGGAGAACCUGAUGCUGGACAAGGACGGGCACAUCAAGAUCACCGACUUCGGGCUGUGCAAGGAGGGCAUCAAGGACGGGGCCACCAUGAAGACCUUCUGCGGGACGCCCGAGUACCUGGCCCCCGAGGUGCUGGAGGACAACGACUACGGCCGCGCCGUGGACUGGUGGGGGCUGGGCGUGGUCAUGUAUGAGAUGAUGUGCGGCCGGCUGCCCUUCUACAACCAGGACCACGAGAAGCUCUUCGAGCUCAUCCUCAUGGAGGAGAUCCGCUUCCCGCGCACGCUCAGCCCUGAGGCCAAGGCCCUGCUGUCCGGGCUGCUCAAGAAGGACCCCAAGCAGAGGCUCGGAGGGGGCUCGGAGGACGCCAAGGAGAUCAUGCAGCACCGCUUCUUCGCCAGCAUCGUGUGGCAGGACGUGUAUGAGAAGAAGCUCAGCCCGCCCUUCAAGCCCCAGGUCACCUCCGAGACAGACACCAGGUACUUUGAUGAGGAGUUCACCGCCCAGAUGAUCACCAUCACGCCGCCGGACCAAGACGACAGCAUGGAGUGUGUGGACAGCGAGCGGAGGCCCCACUUCCCCCAGUUCUCCUACUCGGCCAGCGGCACGGCCUGAGGAGGGCCCGCCGGGCGUGCCGGCGGACGCUGCGCGGGCUCCGUGGGCCGGGAGGGAGCCGCGCGGACGACCUGCGUUGAAUGUUUUUCUUUCUGGACACGUGAGGAGGAGCCGCGCCGCCCCUCCGGCACCAGCGGGAAGGCCUCCGCGCCGUGGGCCGGGCGCCCGGCCGCUGGGAGGAAGGCUGCCCUGCGGUUUCUCUUAAUUUAUUUCAUCCAGUUCCCCAGGUGUGGCCUCGGCCUCCAGACGGCGAGACUCGCGCGAGAAAUCUCGGGGACUCCUGUGGCCCCCGUCCCUCUCGCCAGCUGCCCCAGGCUGUCACCUGCCCCGCCCCCCCCGGGGGCCCCAGAGGCCACCCGGCCGUGGCCCCUCGGGGCGGCACGCAGCGGCCCCAGGGUGCCGCCUGGGGACAGAGGCCCCGCG